AUGCUUAACCGCAUGUCAAGCUCUGCGAGAAAGAGGGAAUCUGUCAACAUGACCGCCCCCAAAAACGCUGGCGAAACAUUCACCUUCUCCCCGGCCCCCGGAAAUGUCGACCCCCACGCUCACACCCACUCCGAUCAACCGCCCUACUUCGACCUGCGGAAAUGUCCCUCAAUGGCCUCCGUCAUCUCCCUCCGCCGAUACCUCUCGCUGACCCGAGAUUUACCAAACGAAAUCAUCGACAUUAUUCUCGACCUCGCCGAAUACUGGCCUCACACCUCGUCAAUCCUCGACAUGACGACGAGAGUCUACAGCGGCCACAUGUGCUAUGGCAGCUAUCCAGCUCGGCCGCGGCAGAAACUGGGGAGGUUGCUGAGUACGCCAGAGAGUAGAAGGGAGUGGAAGGAGGAUGGGUUUUUGAUCCGAACGCCGCCCUUGGGCUGGCACUGCGUUGGUGAUGCCGAUUUAUCCAACCGAUGUGAAAGUAAACCGCCAUCUACUCCCCCGCCAAAAGCGAAGUCCAAGCCCUUAAUCCCCACCCCGCGCCCGCCAACUUGGCUGCCACCCCGCGGUCUCCAUCCCGCCCGCCGCGUCGUGUUCGAAAUCCUGAGCCGAGAGGAAAGACUCGAGAAUCCGCACCGGCAGGGCAGUACGUUCUGCUACGCGAAUUCCAAAACCUCCUUCGACGCCACCAUCGACACCAUCUCCUUCCCCAAAACGACCAAGAAAUCCAUCACCCGCAGCAUCGACCCCCUCCUCUGGACCGCCGAGGCCGCCACGAAAGACUGCCACCACCACCAACCCUCCGAACUCUGCUACGCCAUCCGCGCCAAAUCCUCCAGAUCCCCCCAUCCUCCGUCCAAAACGUCGGAGCUCGAAAACCACUCAUCCGGCGUGACGAAGAACUACACCGCGCACAACAGGAAGUCGGUCCGCACGUGGCGCUAUGACGGCGCCGAACGCUGCUACCUGCCGACCACCGACCGGGACUUUGGAAGCGAGAACGCGACGGAGUUUGUACAGGGGUUGCGGGAGGGCGACUGCGUCAGUCUGUGGGCGCGGGCGAGGAAGUGUGACGAGCACAUCUAA